UUUAAUUUUAUGUUUAUAAAUAAAAUGAACUGAAUAUUUGAAUUCUAAAAAAAUGGAUUCAAGAAGUAUUAUAAAGUCAAGUUAUUAUAGCCAAAGUGAUAGAGAAGUGAAAAGGUAUUUUAAUAAGAAAUUUAUAUUUCGAGGACCAUGGACUUUACCACAAAAGGCCUAUCAGGAACAUAUAGUAAACAUUGAAGAUUUUUUAGACAUGAAAAACAAGCUUAACGAAGUCAAAUCACAAUUAAAUGACUUACCAUUAGAGGAAUGGUCAAAAUUUACGAAAUACAGAGACCCUUCAGGUUCAGUAAUUCGCUCUUUAAGACAAUUUGAACCAGAAAUAUUAACCCAAGCUUGGUGUAAGUUCUACGAGAUCCUAUCACAAUUUCAAAUGCUGCCUGAAAGUCAAUUAUUUGCCACAAAUGAACCACUUCAAACACUCCAUCUUUGUGAAGCCCCUGGGGGGUUUAUUUCUGCUCUGAAUCACUUUUUAGCUAAAAAUUAUCCCAAACUACAGUGGAAAUGGACAGGAUUUACAUUGAAUCCUUUCCAUGAGGGCUUAUCUAUAUCUGAAAUGAUCCCUGAUGACAGACUUAUUCGUUAUACUCCACAAAAUUGGAAAUUUGGUCUUGACAGUACGGGAGAUAUAACACAAUAUUAUAAUUACUUGUCUCUUGUUAAGGAAAUGGAAGGACAGAAGAUAGGCUUAGUGACAGCUGAUGGAAGUAUAGACUGCAUGUUUAAACCUGAAGAACAGGAAUCUAUUGUACAUUUUAUUCAUUACUGUGAGAUAAUAACAGCUUUAUCUGUGUUAUCAGAAGGGGGCAAUUUUGUAAUCAAAAUGUUUACAAUGUUUGAACAACCCACCAUAUCUUUGGUCUAUCUGUUAAAUUGUUCAUUUAGAGAGGUCACAGUCUACAAACCAUGUACAUCGAAACAUGGAAAUUCAGAAGUAUAUAUUCUUUGUAGGUUUUAUAAUGGAAAAGAACACUUAAAGGACCUCUGGUCCUCCUUAAAAGAGGCCUACCAAAAUCCAAACGAUUUCAACGAUCUCGCUCUUUUCACGUGGGACGACAUGGGACCAGACUACUUGCACCAAAUCAGACAACUUUGUCAAUAUUUCAUGGAUAUGCAAGUUAGGACCAUCAACGACAAUUUGAACAAUUUUGGAAAGAACCACCGAUGUACCAGGACGAACAGGAUUAAAUAUUUAGUAGCCGAUUAUUUUCUAUCAAAUUUUGGCGUAGUGAAACUAGAAAAUGAUAGGAAAAUUAUACAUCCUUCGUUUUUUGAGCAAGUGACGCAAGAAAAACGUUUCUGCUUUCAUAACAGGUUUUGGAGGUACAAACCAGAGUGGAAAUUUUCGGAAAAUUACCAUUCACUGUCUAAUUUGCAUUUAGAGACUGAGCGACGUGAUUUGUUAAACAUAGAUGUAGGAAAAGCUGUUACUAAAGUUCUUUAUUCCCCAUAUUACUCCUGUAACUUAUUUCCAGAAUUUAAUUUCGAAAUGUUUCGAAAAAAAUCAACAGGAGACUUAUAUAAUCUAUGUAAACGAUCAAUACAUUAUGACACUGUUAUUAUAAGUAUGUUGGAACUUUCAAAUUCUGAAAAUAACGUAACAUUUCAGAGAAAUUUAUUUGAAACUAUUACAUCUAAAUUAGAUUAUGUUAAUAAAUGUUUAAUGUUUGUGCAAGUUCCUUUCGUUACGAAUUUCGUUGUUAGUUUGUUGUUUAUUUUAUCUUUGGCUUUCGAGAAUGUUGUAUUUCUAAGGGGUGGUACGGUAAUUCUUCUCAACCCCACCCAAAAGGGUAUCCAAGAAGUUAAAAAGUAUUUCAAUGUUAUUGAUUUUGUAUACAAAUGUAUAGAUAAGUAUUGUUAUUUCAAAUUUACUGUUGAUAUAUUACAAAUAAUUUCGCCUUUAGUUUUUGAAAAAAGUCAGUUUUAUCGAUGUGUUUGGAAUUAUAAUAACAGUUUGUUAAAGUUAUAUCUUAAUAAAUAGCUUUCUUAUA